CCAGCACCGUCAAUAAAAUACACUCUGCACAUUUUUUUACAUAUCAAUUUAGUAAAACAUUAAUUAAAUUAUUAUAAGUAAUGUUUUCCUUUUAAUUUUUUCUCUGAUUAAUCAUAAAAUAAAAAAGACACAUUUCGAUGUAAAAAAAAAUAAAUUUCAUUAUUUUUUUUUUACGUUUUUUCCUGAGUGAUUUUCAACACAUUAGAGCAUUGGAUUCUCUUCUCAACUUUGUGUCUAUCCAUAACACAUUGGAUUCCCUUCUCAACUUGUUGUAUCUUUUCAAAUCACAUUGGAUUCUCUUUUCCAUUAUUUGUGUCCUUUCAUAGCACAUUAUAUGACAUUGGAUUCUCUUUUUCACCAUGUGUAAUCUUCCAUACCACAUUGGAUGCUAUUCUCCACUUGGUCCAAACAUAUUAAUUUGGAUGUAUCCUCCACUUGGUGUGAACAUCAAAGAACUAUAUUACUAUAAAUACAUGGCCUCACUUGACAUUGGAAUCACACACCUCAUCUUUACUUCUCCCAUUUUCAACAAGGCCAAAAACAUCAUGAGUUCUUUUCCCGCAUUUUACAAAUCCAUUAAUGAAGAUGAAGAUGAAGAAGCUUAUUCCGACCGCAUGCGCAUGGCUUUGAUGGCUUCUUUGGUUGCAACAAGCUCCAAUAGUAGUCGUGAUUACAUAGACCGUGGUCGGGAAGCUGGACACCGUUUGUUGAUGGAUGAUUACUGGAAUCCAAAUCCCACCUACAAUGCACGUAUCUUCCGUCGUCGUUAUCGCAUGCAACCGGCUCUAUUUGAUCGAAUCAUGAAAGAUGUCAUGGCUUUCGAUCCCUAUUUUGUAAGUACAAUAGAUGCAGCAAACAAGGUAUCUCUUUCUCCUAAUCAAAAACUCACUAGUGCGAUAUUUAUGCUCGCCAAUGGUUGCUCGGCUGAUUCAUUAGAUCAGUUAUGUCGUUUGAGUGAGACAACUACACUUUUGUGCAUGAAAAAAUUUUGUAGGGCAGUUAUUAGUGUGUAUGGUUCUUGGUACCUACGAACCCCUAACCCCGGAGAUCUGCAUCGUCUUCUUGAAAAGGCCUCGAAAAGAGGCUUUCCCGGGAUGAUUGGGUCCAUUGAUUGCAUGCACUGGGAGUGGAAAAACUGUCCUACAUCUUGGGCCGGCCAGUACACCGGGUACAAAAGAAAACCAACAAUUGUUCUCGAAGCAGUUGCUUCUUAUGAUACUCAUAUGUGGCAUGCAUUUUUUGGCACAGCCGGUUCCAACAAUGACCUCAACACUCUUGCAAGCUCUCCAGUCUUUGAUGCUGUUGUAAAUGGAUCUGCCCCUCAGGUACAAUUCCGCGUGGAUGGUAAGCUAUAUAAUCAAUGUUAUUAUUUAGCUGAUGGGAUUUACCCAAGUUGGGGAACUUUUGUUAAGACAAUAAGUCAUCCAGACACUCCUAAGAAAAAGCUUUUUGCUUCAAUGCAAGAGGCUUUUCGUAAGGAUGUUGAAAGAGCAUUUGGAAUUUUACAAGCUAGGUGGGCUAUUGUGCGAGGUCCUGCACGGUUGCACGACAUACGCACAUUAGGUGAUAUAAUGCUGGCAUGCAUUAUACUGCACAACAUGAUAGUGGAAGAUGAAUAUGAAGAGAAUGAUGAAGAACCAACCCAACAAGACUACCGUGAAGACUAUGACUAUAUUGGUGGUAUUGUUGAAUUGGAUCUUAACCAUGAUGGUCCGACCUUGAGUCAAUAUAUGAUGCGCCACAAUCGAAUUAGAGACUCCUCGGUGCACACAUCGCUUAAAAGUGAUCUCAUAAACCAUCUGUGGAUGCACCAUGGAAAUGGAAUGUAGUUUAUUUGCUUCCCCUAAAUAUUUAUGUGUUUUCUUAAUCUAGUUGUGUUUCAUGUAUUUCAUUUACUAGUGUUAACUUCGUAGUUGUACUGUUUAUGUUUUUCCGAAAAACUUUAUGUAUUUCUGGAACUUUUAUGUGUCUUAAUAAAAUAUUCGCGUUUGUGUAAAUUA